GGUGGUGGUUGUUGUGGAUGUUUCAUCCAUGUCCACCGAGUAUCAUGUAACUUUUGUAGAGCUGUGCUGUCAAAAACUUGUGUGUUGAACCGUUCUGUGGUCAAACCAAUCAAAAUCAAAAGUCAAAGUAGUUUCUGGAAAGGGGUUAUGGGGUAUGAGUGUUAAAUAAAGGUUAUAUAAUUAUAAAGAAAGUAAACAAAAAGGAUCAAUAGUUUUCUGAUCAAUAUAGAAAUUCUUGAUAAAAUGGAACUUAUUCAGUAACAUUUACUAGUUACAUGUAUAAUAUUUUUAUAUCAACCACGAAUCUAUGGCCAUGAAAGAAGCGCCCAGUACAAGCGCUGAAGUGGAAACACCUCAGGCAGAAUCUGAAGAUGUAUCAGAAUACAAUUACAAUCCAGAACCCGUGGAGAGGCUCAACAAACCAUUGAAUACAUCACCUGGUGCAGUAAAGUUACGCACUUGGUUGAAUAAGUCAUUUCGUAUUGAGAUGACUGAUGGUAGAGUAUUAAUUGGAGUGUUUCUCUGUACUGAUAGGGAUGCCAAUAUUAUUUUGGGUUCAUGCUCAGAAUAUCUACCACACAGUAUCAAUGGAAAGCCAGCAAAUGAAGAACCUAGAAUGUUGGGUCUAGUCAUGAUUCCUGGAAAACAUAUUGUUCCAGAUUGUGUUUAUCAUCCUCAAACUUGAAGCUCGUGAACAUUCUGAAUCCUUUAUCUCCGAUAUAAUGAAGUAAUUGCGCUACUUGCGUUUUCUCGUCUUUUUUGUUAACUUCAGAUGCAUUUAAACAGUUCUCAAAGUUGGCCCUCCAUAGCUUCCAGUUCUCCACCAUGUUGCCUUUAGCUGCCAAGGGUGAAAUGCCUCGAUGAUCACCCAUCAUAAUUUUGGAAUUCAAACUGUUUCACCAAGCCUCUCAUUGACUUGGAUAGAUAACAUAAUUAUUAGUUAUAACUCAAUGCUGAAUUUCAUCAUUUUACUCUGGCUGCGCCAUGUUAUAGCUUAGGGUUGCAUACCCUCACAAUUCCUUUUUAAGAAUUUGUAUUGUAUGGUGCACUGGGAGGAUACAGGGCUAGCAGGAUCUCCCAGCUUCAGACUUUGGCAAGAUUGCAGUGUUUCUAAUCAACAAUGUAUUAGUUUCUGUUGAUCAAAGUAUGAUGAGACUCUCCAUAUCAGACUUUGACAAGGUAUGUUAAUAACCUCUACAGGUUUGCUCAUAGUAAUGUCCAGGCUCUCAGGUUUGAACACACUCCAGACUUUGUCUGUAUCAUGCAUUCUGUGGUUCUUUUGUUCUUAAAAUGUUUUGGGGACAGUUUCCUAUUGUCUCUACCCAUAUCCGAAUUUUCUCUCACUCGAACUCAAUAAAUUAACACAAAAAUCCUCACAGUUUAAGAUAAUACUUUGCAGUCAUACAUUCUUUUUGUAAUGGGUUACGGAAGGCAGCAGUGUUACAGUCGUGAGUGUAAAUUGCAUAUCAGAGUGAACUUGAUGUUUGCAGUAAAAUUAUUGUUAAGUACACAUUAUAUCAAUCAAUGAGGGUAAAGAUCAACUAUACAAGGCUUGAGUUAGAGUUUAAAAUUACCUUUUCAUGUUCCAAUAUCAUCUCAAAGUUAAUGUCGUUUUUUGAACUACUAAAUUAGAAGCAUUUGUUUCCUCAUAGUGCCAAUAAGUCCUAUAAAGUACUUUUAUGUGGUGUCAUUUUGAAUAGUAUCUUCACGAAAAUUGUUCAAUUGCGUAUGUGAAUGGGACUUACUCUACGUUUCCAGGUAUUAAGUCGAUUGAACAUAGGCGAGUACUUUUGGUCCAGAGUAUCUUGCACCAAGAAUUGUGCAUCAUAUAAGUAUCAUAAUGGAUGCAAAUUAUUCAGGAUAUACAUACAACUUUGGUUAUUCGGGUAUGUAGUGUUGACAUUGAUCCAAAGAUAGUUUUUGGUACAACCAAUCAUCAAAGCGCAAAAUAGACCAUCCGUAGAAUGCAAAUUUCAAAGAAUAAUGGGUGAGUAGAAGAGUAAAAUGUACAAAAUUGUUUUCAACAGUAUAUCCCCACACAAAUUUCGGAAUUCCAUUUACAAGUUUUGACAGGUAGAAUAUUGAACUAAUAUAAUAAAAUAUUUAUUCUUUCUCUUUAAUUACAAUUCUAAACAUAAAAGGAGUAAAUCAAUUAAUCCAAGUAAGAAAGC